GACCAUGGAAAUUGCCGGAGCAGGUGCUGUGCUUGGACUCUUCGCCAACGCCUUCGUGUGAGCCCCUCUGGUACUUUCUGAUCCUUUCGGGUUGUGAACGAUUCUUGACAUUGCUUCAUGCUAGACUAGGCCGUGAACUCGCCGCUUUGGGCCAAAGUCUGGCCGAAGCCCGGACCGAAAUCGCGGAACGCACCACACAUAUGCAAGUGCAAUGGACCCGGACUCAGAUUCAGCUUGAAAUCACACAACGUAUCUGGCCUUCACUUUCCGAAGCUCAUCAAGCCGUUCAGACAGAAACCCUGAACAUACUGAACGCCAAACUCAAAGCAGCCCAAAGCAAAUUGCAAGGUCUCUUGAAGGAGCGCACUGAUGGAGGCAAAGAGAUUGCCGUCAAACGAUGGAAGUACAUGUUUGUCAAGCCGACUCUUGAUGAAACGAUCAAGAGUCUGGACAGGUGGCAGCGUAUGUACGAUCCAACCUGGUAUCUCAUGAUCAAGAUUGCAGAUCCUCUAGUCGACAAAGAACUAGCCAACGUCAACGCUUUGCAGGAUUCAAAGAGUGCUGGCGUUGAAGCUGCCGGCAUUAUAGCAACCGCGAGGAAGAGACCUGGGAAAACAGGCUUCAUCAUCGAAUCGAUUCAUUGCUUGCCCGGAUCCUACGUUGGCGAUAUGGACAAGGAUGUUCGUAGGCUUGCAACCAAGUUGCAUUACGUCGACUCUUCAUCGUUCGGCGUGCUCAAAUGUAAAGGAUUCACGAAGGUGAAAAACAGUACCGGUAGCAGAUUGGUAUCGUUUGACCUUAUACUGGAGACUCCAACCAGAGAAGCUCCGCGCUCACUCAGGAAUUGUCUGGUCGCUCAAACGCCCCACAGCCUUUCAGAGCGGGUGGAGCUCGCAAGACAGCUGGCGCGGUCAGUCAACUACGUUCACACGCUCGAAUUUGUGCAUAAGAGCAUCCGACCCGAAAGUUGGAUCGGCUUCGGUGAAUCGAAGCUUGGUUCCUUCUUCCUGAUUGGAUUCGAGCAAGUGCGAAGUGCUGAGGGCAUGACUUACUUUCGAGGCGAUGCAGAUUGGGAAAGGAAUAUUUACCGUCACCCAUCUCGACAAGGAUUGAACCCUGGAGAGAAGCACUGUAUGCAGCAUGACAUCUAUAGUCUCGGCGUGUGCUUGCUGGAGAUCGGACUUUGGGAGUCAUUCCUCUUAUACCCCGAGGCUGGCAAACAGGCACGCCCGAAUGCAGAGCUGCUACGUGUACCUGUGCAAAAGUUACAGAGUGCGUCGCCAGAACGAAUCAAGCACCUUCUCGUCCAGCUUGCGAAACGAGAGUUGCCUGGAAGGAUGGGGGAAUUGUAUGAGCAAGUCGUACUCAACUGCUUGACGUGCCUCGACGAUGACAACACAGACUUCGGUGACGAGAGCGAGUUUAACGACAGUGAUGGUGUUUCGGUCGGCAUCAGAUACAUCGAAAAGAUCUUCAACAGGCUCAACGAGAUAACGUUGUGAUGCAGCUCGCUGACCUUAAGGCGGCAGGCUUCGAUGAAUUCCAACGCCAUCUGGAUAGUGUGGUGCUAGAUAUAGUUGAGAUCAAUGGACUGUCGUUAGUCCCUAAGACGUCGAAGCCAGCUCUCCAGGAGGUCGUCACAGAAGACACAUUCACGAAUUGGCGAAGCAGAAUCUCAACCUUAAAGAAAUCCUGUUGUCUUCAUGACUAAUCCGUAGAUUUCAUUUUUCUGAUGAUGAGUAAUGACCGUGUUUGCUUCAACUCCAGCUUAAGGUCAGUGGUCGACGCCUUUCGCACCAGGUCUUUUGUAUGUUGAAAGACGUGAUCGCAUGUCGCCUGUAGCAGCCAUGGCAUACACAAGACAUUUUCAAGUCGACGAUAUUUCGAUUGCAUAGGCGAACGAUGAAUGACUGCGCGCCAGGCCGGUCGAGAUUGUAAG